AUGCUUUUAGAGGGGAAGAGUCUAGGUGAGAGGAAUGAGGGCAAGAAGAACGGGGAGUUGGAGUUAAGACAGAGGGGAGCGAUGAGAGAUAUAGAAAAACGAGAGAUUUGCCUGCGAGUUGAAGAUAUGAGGUUAGCGGGCUCCUUUUGGAUCCUUUGCUUUCUGCCGGUGCUCAGGGCAGCUGCAGGAAGUGAUCCGAUCCCAGACCCAUCGGUCAGUCCUGGACGGAGCACUGUAGGACAGAGUGAGCAGGCAGUGAGCCAGGGUCAAUACAAAUGUCUUGAGCUGUCCAAAAAGGACCACCAGGAAAAUAGAACUGGUGUGUUUUGUGCGCGCACAUGGGAUGGUUUGUUGUGUUGGGAUGAGACGCUAGCCGGGGCCUCUGUAACACAACACUGUCCAGAUCAUCCUGACCUCAACGCAACCGCAGGAAAAGGAGAGAUGUUUUUAAGAGAUGCUCCUGAGGCACCGACCAUGGAGACCACAUCAAAGAGUUGCCUUGAGAAAAUGAAGAAUGAUCCGCCUUACAACAAAACAGGCCUGUACUGCAGUCGUACGUGGGACGGCUGGCUGUGCUGGGAUGACACCCCAGCAGGGACCUACGCCUCCCAAAACUGCCCCGAAUAUAAUAUUGACUCUGACCCCACAGAAAAGGCAACAAAGUUCUGUGGAGCAGAUGGACAGUGGUUUCACCAUCCGGAGAGCAACGAGAUUUGGACCAACUACACACUCUGUGCAAACGCCCACGACAAGAGGCGGGGGAAACUGAAGAUGCAAGAGAAUGAACACAAAUGUUUGAUGAAAAUGAAGCAAGACCCACCUUAUAGCAAAGCAGGUCUGUUCUGUGGCCGGACCUGGGAUGGCUGGUUGUGCUGGGAAGACACUCCAGCAGGUAGCUCUGCAUCUCAGAGCUGUCCUGAUUAUUUUUCGGACUUUGAACCCACAGAAAAGGCUACUAAAUACUGUGGAGAGGACGGGCACUGGUUUCGCCAUCCGGAGAGCAACAUGACCUGGACCAACUACACAGUGUGUGUUGGAAACAACGCGACGUUGAGGGCAGCCGCCCAGGCAGAAGCCACAGUCCAUCCUGAGAAAUGCAAAAAAGAUCAGGAGGAUGUGCGGAAGAAAAUCCUGGACAACCAGUACAAAUGCUUUGAGAAAAUGAAAAAAAAUCCACCUUAUAACAAAUCAGGUCUGCACUGCAGUCGGAACUGGGACGGAUGGCUGUGCUGGGAGGACACUCCGGCCGGGACCUACACGUCCCAGAGCUGCCCAAACUACUUCGAGGACUUUGACCCCACAGAAAAGGCCACAAAGUACUGCGGAGAGGACGGACAAUGGUUCCGUCACCCAGAUACCAACAGAACCUGGUCCAACUACACCCUCUGCAAUGAAAACACCAACGCCAAGCUGAAGUCUGCAUACAUCCUGUUUUACAUGGCAAUUGUGGGCCACGCAUUAUCCAUAGCCUCCCUGCUGAUCUCGCUGGCCAUUUUCUUCUACUUCAGGAGUCUGAGCUGCCAGAGGAUCACGCUCCACAAGAACCUUUUCUGCUCCUACGUGCUCAAUUCUGCCCUCACCAUCAUCUACCUCGUCACCGUCGUCAACAAUCCCAAAGUCGUGGCCAGAAACCCGGUUAGCUGCAAGGUCUUGCACUUCUUCCACAUGUACAUGUUGGGGUGUAACUACUUCUGGAUGCUGUGUGAGGGAAUCUACCUGCACACGCUCAUUGUGGUGGCUGUGUUUGCUGAGGAGCAGCACCUGCACUGGUACUACCUUCUGGGUUGGGGUUUUCCUCUGGUGCCCGUGUCCAUCCACGCUGUGGCCAGAAAAAAGUAUUUCGACGACAACUGUUGGAUGAGUGUGGAGACCCAUCUGCUCUACGCAGUUCAUGGACCUAUAGUAGCAGCACUUCUUGUGAACCUCUUCUUCCUGCUGAACAUCAUUCGAGUGUUAGUCACCAAGUUACGAGACACGCAUCGGGCAGAGUCCAACAUGUACAUGAAAGCGGUGAGGGCCACUCUGAUCCUGGUGCCUCUGCUGGGAAUCCAGUUUGUCAUCAUCCCCUGGAGGCCCGAGAACCGGCUGGCUGGUGAGGUCUUUGAGUAUGUCAUGCACAUACUCACACACUACCAGGGUUUGCUGGUGGCAACAAUAUUCUGCUUCUUCAAUGGAGAGGUCCAAGGAGCUCUGAAGAGACAGUGGAUGCAGUACAAAACCCAGUUGGGUCAGAGACGAAAAGACCACUGCUCCAUGCGCUCCACGUCCUACACGGCCACCUCCAUCACCGAGGUGCCGGCCUUCGCCUUCCACCACGACACGAACAAUGAACACCCGAACGGGCGCCACACAGAGGACUCCGAGCUGGUGGCUCUCAAAUCCGGAGACACGUACGCUUAAGGACGCGGAGCGUAGCGGCGGACGACGGUCCGGGAGGAACAGAGCGACGGGAAAUGUAAAGUAAGAAAAAAAAGAAAAAGCAGAAUCCGGCCCGGGCCCGCCAUCUCUCAGUGAUUAAAAUCUCAGUGGCUACUGCUGGUUCGUUUCAGCGCAGGACGAUAAUACGGGUCUGGAAUUAUCGAGCUCGUCGAGAGGAAGCUGGAUUAGCUACGAAGCCGAUGCUUUUUUUUUGUUGCGUUUUGUUUUACUGUUGCAGCUGCUUUAUGAGAACAUUGAUGUCGAAAAACUCGGUGUGAGUGAGGAGCUGCUUGUGACAAGGGUCAACCUCUUAAAGCUGCUAAUCUGUGCACGAACAAAGGAAAAAAGAAAAAUAAAACUGGGGCGUUUUUCUCUCUAAGGGGAUGGCUGGAUGUGAGAGCGAGGGGUGGGAGCAGGCAUGUCUUGGCAUGAUGAUGAGGAUGAUGAAGGACCCUGUCAUUCUUAACCUCAUCUGUACCAAAGGGUUCUGUUUCUCAGUCACAACAAUGGGGACGCAAGGCAAACCGUCCCAACACCCAUCUGCCAUGGUCACUUCAAAGCAGCCAUUUUGGAAGCUCCGGAGCUGUGUACAUAAAAUGUUUUGCUCGCCACAUUUCAGUCGGAAGGCGUUUUAAAUGUUUCGCUCUCAUUUCCUUCAGUUUUUUUUUUCUCUCUCGCCAGUGUGUGCUAAAUGUGCGUCCUGUGAUGCCGCGUGCCGGGUGUAUUUGUGCUGACGCUGCAGAUAACAGGGCAGAAAGGCUACGAUGCACGUGAAUAAUCGCCCAAUACAAAAGCUGCGUCGAUGUCCAGCCACCAGAACUGUCUCACAAAGUGGAGUGGAGUGUGCCGUUAGCUGUGUCAGUGAUUCUUAGAGAGAUUUCCAUUCUCAGCCAUCCUUUAGCUCUUUGUGAAGCCAAAAAAUGUAAAGGAAAGGAACACCUCUGUCCUCCUAUUUAUUCUCUGUGAGUGAGCGUUCAGAGCAACAGAGUCUAAAUAAUCAGAUUUUAUUUCACCAUUAUCCACAAACAUUGAAGAUAAAUGCAUUCUUCAAUAGUCCUGAACGCAUUCACAUUCUUCUCCAGAGUUUUAAUUUGCUUACUGUUUUUUGUUCUUUUUUUUUUUUGUUCUUUGCGUUAGAGGAAUAGAUUCAGAGAUUUGUUGAAACUAACAAACCACUCUCGAGCCUUCUUGAUUUUGCAAUAAUCAACACAUUUAAAUACAAAAAGAGCAAAUUAUUGAAUUUUCUCAUCCCCAUGGCCAAUAGUCAUUAAAGAAUCUCACAGUCUAUACUGGAAAAGUGUUCCAUGGUUUCGUUUGUCAUUUGAAACAACUUUUAAAACAUGUGAAAAUGUCCAAUUUCUGCAUACAAGUAAAUCUGAACAAUUCUCAACUAAUCAUAAAUACACUACAAUGGAAUAAAGAAUGAGCAUGUUGUUACUUUUUAGGGGUCAUAAGUUUUAUUGUUUUCUGGACAUGUUUGGCGUUAGUGGAUUGGUCAGGGUUGGUUAGGAUAGUUUCAUUAGGUUUCUGUCCACAUGGUGCUACCGUACUAUUACUGCUUUAGUUUCAGUUUUUCAGUUUUCUUCAGUUUUUAAAAAAAAAAUCAGUAACUGGAAUAGUUGUUGGACAUGUGUUUGUGAGAUUUGAGUGAUUUCAGGGUUUUAAGACAUGAAGAAAACAGGAAAAUGCGCCACCGUAUCAGAUCUAAUGUGUCAUUUUUAAGGAGGAACAACAGGGCACUCAGUAACCAAUGGUUGAUUUUCAAAAGGCAUUAAGUUAAAGGUGAGAAAAAAGAAAACAUUUCCAUUGGCAAGUGUCUAACAACAGCUUAGUUUUUUUUGUGAUGGGAAUUUUUACUCGUUCCUCCUCAAAAGGACUUCCAAAGAUCCUCAUGUCUUCUUUGGAUGCUUAAUGAUUCUUAAUAACUCUUGAUUAUCAAAAGGUAACUGUGAGGAUCAGGACAAAAAGCUUUAGGAUUUUCCUUUUCGAUAGGGGUUAUCAUUCCACUGCAGAAAUCAAUCUAUGAGUGAUCUGCAGCUUUCAUGAACUACAGUAAAUGUUCACAGGCAGAUUCCAGCAGUAGUGAAUGAAUCCGGCCUUCUCUGCAGCUCUGAAAUGUUCCUGCACCGCGGGAUGCUUUAACACAGAGAAAGCGCAAGAUUAAAAUAUUAGCACUUAGUUAAACUGUUUCCUCUUUAACUUAAUGCCUUUUGGAAAAUGACGUGUCAUUCGUCAUCGUGGUCACAGGAAGACAUGUGAACCGGGGUGCCCACACCUCUGCAGUAGACCACAGUCAAGGCAGAGUUUACACUUUAUCCACUUAAUCAUGUCUGAAUUUGUCACAUUUCAGAGAAAUAACUAACAUACAACUUCAACCAGGAAUUCCAACCGUUUACUAACUCUAAUGAAGCAGUUUAGUGUCUAAAAAAAAGUGUAAGAUUCACUUUGCUUCAUUUAAACCAACAGUUUACCAUUCGCAAGAACACUUGAUUCUUUUUUUUCUACUUUGAAUUGCCAGCCAGGAGUGUGGAAGGACAGGGAUGGACAAUCAAGAUUCAGAAAAGGCUCUACAGCUACUGCCUCCUGUAACAUGACGAGUGUAUCUGUUUUGGUAUUAAAUUUAUCCUCAUCAGCUUCUGGUGAUUUGUCUUGGAUCUGGUGCACAUGUGAGACGCGCUGUUAAUCUUGUGGGUUCUGGACGCUGUGUAUUUUGUAUGUUCAUACCGAUGUAAAUAUGAGCAGACACUGUCUAUGUAACUGAUUUUUGCACUGUGAAAUACUCGGACUAUUUUUGUUACCUUUCUGUUCACUGUUUCGGCUCGUGUUCUGUCUCUUUGUUUCCUUUCAGCUUGGACUGGCAUCAUCUCAAAAGCUGAUAAAUACUGCUUUUUGUUAAAAAAAAAAAACAACGAAAAGUUUGUACUGUUUGUUUUUUUUAACUCAUCAGCAAUUUUAGCAUAGGACAACCAACAAAAAACAACACAUUGGUCCUUCUUCACUGAAGAAUUAGCAAUCAGAAGAAACAAGCUGCAAAAUGGCUUUUUGGGUAAAAGAGGUAUCAAUUCAGCAAGAUAUGGACAAUUUGCAACACUUCAUAAAUUCAGGAUAAACUGCAUUUUCCUUAUAUUGUUUUCAAAUGACUCAAUCCCAUUAUGAGCAGCAGCAUACACUUUUUUUUUCCAACUCUCUUGCAACGUUCUCUCACGAAUCGGCUGCGUUUUCCUUGCCAAUGCUUUUCUUGUCAAUAUUUCAGGGUUGAGCGAUUUUCGCAUAAUGAGCACGCAGGGAAAACAAAAGAAGUCUUACACCGGUCGGUGUCUUGCUUUGUGAUCCUUCGGGCUUGGCAGCGCUUUACAACCACGUCUCAUUGGAACGGUUCAGCUGGAUCCACAAACCAGAAUCCAAUAUUUGCAACAGGGCUGGAUCUACUGUUGGUCUGAAGGUUGUUCUCUGUAUAGACCGGGACACAUUAUAGUUGUUAUCGCAUUAGCAAGACUGAGAUUGGCUCUAUAUGAGAAGGAUUUUCAGCUUCUGUGUAGUUUCAUGCUCUGUUGAAUCCUUAUUGCACGGCCAAGAGAAGAAGACAUACAUCAGGUUCCAAUUUCUCAGCUCAACAUCAAUUGUAUCAAAAUGAGUUAGUCCAAUAAUGAUUUGAUGCAAAGUUUGAUAUGAUCUUAUCAAUUUAAGGUCAGAGAAAAAGAUUAAAGCGGUGAUUGAAAAACAGAGAAUAUCCAUAAGUGUUCCGCAGCUUCCUGCAAAGCUGUGGAACAAUGCACCGAGAGAGGAGACAAAUGUAAACUGUUUUGAAAAGUUUCCAUCUUGGGAGCAAGUCGGUCUGGGAAGCCUCAGAAAAAUGUCAGAGGCCGGCUAUUUUAGGGCCGUCAGAACGUUUCGCUGGAAACGGCAAUGUCACAGCACACUGGAUCAAGCCCAAAAUAUGUCAGGAGAGUUUAGAAAAUUGCCUGUAAAGGUGGUCAUGUGUGUGGUUUGGCUCAGCAGAGUGAAACAUUGCAGUGCGCGGUGGAUAGAUCAGCCGUGACUUCCUGGAAAAGCCUGUAUGAAAACCACGGCGGCAUUAUAACUGCUCCAACGGCUCCAUUAGAUAGAUUCGAUGCUUCCACCUUAUAUUUGUUUCCUCUAAAAGCAGAUUAGUUUUGUUAAGCUGAAUGGAAUCACAUUGAAGUCAAUUGUAAAUAUAAAACCAGUGAUGAGUCGGAUUUUGGCACUUUGCUGAGUAGGCCCAAAGAAACCAAAGACGGGAAGCAUUUCACGCUGAUGCGGUCACGCACAAAGACUCGGACCAUAGGAGCUCUUUGUCCAUUUUUUUUUUGGGCCGUUUUGCUACACCUCACAGUAGCUCCUAUCUCUGCAGCACACACUCACCAAGCUCACUGUCCAGGCCCCUUGAGCAAACAUGCCGGGAGCACCCAGAGACCAAAGAUUGUCCAGAUGUAGCCACAGGGUCUGCCCAAAGCGAGCAGGUGCACGCCCCGGACAGCCGGUCACUCAGCCCGAGAGGCAAUAAAGGACGGCUAGCCUCUCUCAGCAUUACUGGUGCCUUCACAGAUGUGCAAGUUGCCAUGAGCACUAAUGCACCCCCAUUCCAUCACAGAGGCUGUGUUUUGUUUUUCUUUUUUCAACUCUGUGAUCAUCACAGGCUUGGUGAUACCUCAUUUCUCAUAAUGGACCUGAUUCAGGUUCAUACCUCGGCCCUGUCACUUGGUUCUACUUGUGCAGAAAUAAGGCACUUUUGGACAUUAAAGGGUUGUUGGUUGUGUUGCCUCUGAGGGGGGAAGGUGGUCAUAGGGGCUGGCAAAGUGACCACUACUCUUU